UUAAAAUGUUGUCCGUAAAUUUUGUAGACGUUUUAUUGAAUUAAAAUUAAAAUUUUUUCUCUGUCAAGGGAUUGCUUGGGGUUAUGCAACUUUAAAGACAUUUUCCCUAGCUUCAACCAAUCCAAUUCUCAGACUCAGCCGCUACCAAUUUCACUACCACUCCAACCCUCUUCUUCUGCAAUCCCAUGAUUGAUCAACUCGCCAUCAUCACUUUCACUUUCUUCCUCUGCACCAAUUUUACACAUAAAACAGACAUCACAAAACUCUGUCUUCUUCCCCAUUCACACACCACUGCAACAGGGACCUCUCUCCAUCACACGCCUUCUACUUUUCCACCUCCCCUUCCAACAUUCCAACAACACAGACUAAUCAAUCGAAAAAAAAUUAAAAUAAAUAACGGGUAAGGAUAGAAGGUGAAGUCGCGCAGUGGUGGAAGGGAACGACGAUGGUAGCACUGACGUUGUCCCCAGUCACGAUUAGCAACAGCUGUAGGUGGGGCUCGACAAAGAUCAAGACACGGUGGCUGGAUUUGAUGUUUUCACGCAAGAAAAUAGGAGGUGACUAACGUUGUUGACACGACAAGCACUUCGACUCCAAUUGUGUCGUCGUCGAAAGCUCAGACCGGCAAGAUGACGGGCGGCGGUGAGGCACUGGAUUCCGAUCGUGGUGGCUUGCGGAUGGAGAAGGAGAAUGGGGAAGAAAAGUUCCUUGUGCGUUGAUAAAGAAGGCCACACGUGAAAAUAUUCUUCUCGAGGUAACCUAGUCAAGAACGAAAUUUCAAAAAAAAAAAGAAGCUAAAGAUAACAUAAAAAAUAUAUCAACUUAAUAUAAAUGAUCAAAUUGUUUUUUUUAAAUAGAGACUAAAUUAAACACAAAAAUGAUAGAAGGAUUAAAAUAAAUUAAACUGAUAAAUUAGAGAAGUCAAUCACUCAUUAACCGAUCUAAAAAUAAAAUAAAUUAGAUUCUCGGUUAUUUUUUCUAAAAUUGUCAAAUAACAAAGAAUCUAUGACGAAUUUGAGACGGAGAAAAGGAUUAAAACUCAGAAAAAGUGAAGUAGAAAAUUAUUCCACACAAGUUUUCAACCACGCUGAGUGUGGUAUUGGUUGGGUUGGGUUCCAAACUCAUCGGCUUCUUCAUUCUCUGAUCGGAGCUGUUGCCUUCUCUUUGCGACCUUCACCACACCAUGGCCACUCAACCCACCAACCAUCCAAACUCAGUAUACGAUUUUAAUGUCAAGCAGGAUACUAAAGGUGAUGAUGUUGAUCUUGUCACUUACAAAGGAAAGGUAUUGGUCAUUGUUAAUGUUGCUUCCAAAUGUGGCAUGACCAACUCAAAUUAUGUGGAGUUGAAUCAACUAUAUGAGAAGUACAAAGACAAAGGGCUGGAGAUUCUGGCAUUUCCAUGUAAUCAAUUUGGGGAGGAAGAACCUGGAAGCAAUGAUCAAAUUAAGGAGUUUGUCUGCACUCGCUUUAAAUCUGAAUUUCCCAUCUUUGAUAAGAUUGAAGUGAAUGGGGACAAUUCUGCUCCUUUAUAUAAAUUCUUGAAGUCAGGUAAGUGGGGAAUAUUUGGGGAUGAUAUUCAGUGGAACUUUGCCAAGUUUCUAGUUGACAAGGAUGGGCAAGUGGUAGAUCGCUAUUAUCCCACCACAUCUCCUCUUAGCCUUGAGCGAGACAUCCGUAAGCUACUUGGUUUGUCUGAAUGAAAGGAUUCAGCUGGGAGGAGAGGGUGUGAUGAACGUCAAAGGAUCUAGUAUUGACUUUGUUAUGUUACCCUUGAAAAAUCUGAUUUUGUGCAUAAAGGUGUUUUAUCAUCUGAACAAGAUUUGUUUAUUCCCAUCGAUAACAUGAUGUCUGGUUUGGUUGUGCUUA